AUGAAUCUAAAUUCGUUCAAGCAAAAAGGACCCUACACUGAAAUCGGCAUAGGUGCAACAGUGGGUUUAUUUACUGGUUUCAUCACCAUGAGAAUAGGAAAAUUGGCUGCAAUUGCUGUGGGCAGCAGUAUACUAAUACUGGAAAUCGCACAGAUGGAAGGUCUGAUAAAAUUCGAUUGGUCCGCUAUUCCAAAACUAUUGGACAUGGGAAAACAACAAAUGUCUAAUAAAUCAUCAAUAAUCGAACAAGCAUUGGAUUUCGCAAUAACAAAUAUGGCCUUCACGACAUCCUUUAUAGGAGGUGUGUUUAUUGGAAUUGGAUUAUCCUAA